ACUUAAAUAAGACACCAAGAUCAAAGAUGUAUGUGACAAGGCCGCUCUCCUUGUACAGAAAAUUUCCUUCAGCAUUAGCAUCAUCUCCUCCGGAGGGUCCAAACUCCGGUCUUCUGGUCAUCCAGGAUGAAGAAGCUGAAGAAACCUGUUGUUUUGGCACCUGCACGAGUAAUGAAGUAACUUCCCUGCCUUUCCCUCAAAACAAGAAGCUUGUGGUUCGUUAUUCCUCUGGCGCUGGACAGCACCCUUCUGUUAGUCGCGAUGGUGUAGUGUUCAUUCCUGUUCUUGAUCAGCCAUUGUCUUCAAACCGAUACUAUGCAAUCAAACCUCGUGGAAGACAUAAAGGGGAAGCUUUCACUAGCUCAACCAAAGAAGAUGGUGUCACCUGCUGCUAUUGCUUCUUUGCUUGCGACGUAGAGUCGGAAGAACCAGAUCACCAUGACAUAUAUCAACAAUUUGAGAUAUGUCCUAGACAAUGGGGAGGCUUCCAUGCCAAAUCCGUGGCCUCAGAUGGAUUUCCUCCAUCUUUCUUGAGAAGAAAAGGGUGGACAGUACAGACCUCAAUUCCGCGCAAUUUCAUAUUGGAUGAAGCACCAGGCCUUGAUACAGAUCUACGAGCCCGCCUACCUGAAUUUAACUUCUCGCUUCGAGGCUCAAACACUAGCUCAGGCAAAGACAAUAGCAGGGUAUGGGAUGCGUGGCUUCGGGGUUGUGCGACUUAAUUUAGGGCCUGCGUGAUCAGCAUAUAUAAAGGAGGAGGGGAAGCAGCACAACCAAUGUGGAGGAAGAGGUGGCUUGCAGCAUUGAGGAAAGAGAAGAAAAGAGAAGGCACCUGACAAGAGGAGAGAAACCCUAAGGAGAGGCUAAUCUAACUUUAAUUAAGAGACAGAUUAUGUUUAUUCAAUUCUUAAAAUAUAUUUUGUUAUAAAUGUUGUUCACUUUA